GACAGGAAGAUAUCAAGGAUUGGGCGCCUCGGAGCUGUAAAGUUAAAAAGCCUUGUUUUUUUCAAUGAUUAAUUCCUGAGUAAAUACUACAAGUACAAUUGGCAUUAUUUCAAAACAUAAUAAACAAGAUAUGCCUCUGUUAAUUGCUUUUAAACUCAAAUUUAAGACGUGAUUCACACAUAUUUGGUUGUUUACUCGCUGCUCGUAAGCGCUGUGCUGCUUCUGCGAUCAUGCGGUUAGUGUAAAUAACAUUUCAGUCUUAUUUUUUUAAUUCUCCUGCGGAUUUGCAAAGGAGUGUCAUUUUAUUUACACCAAAAAUGAAUCCAUCUAACCCGUUUGGAAGUACCCAAAGCGGUGCGUUUCAAGCCCCGAGCAACGCCGUCAAACCGGGUCUGUUCCAGCCAAUUUUCGGGCAACAUGGUUCCACCAGCCAGACUCAGCAGCAAACGAUGGGCUUCUUCGGGUCUGGAUUCGGACAAGCUUCGUCUUCAAGCCCCUUUGGACAGGCUUCUGCGUUCGGGCAAGCGGCUACAACUCCUCAAGCAGUUCCAGCUUUUGGGCAAACCUCCUCUACGCCGCAGCAAGGAUCUGUUUUCGGUCAAUCCUCUACUACUACCCCGCAGCAAGCACCUGUUUUCGGGCAAGCUUCAACUACCACCCAGCAACCUCCAGCGUUCGGGCAAGCAAAUCCUACCCCGCAGCAAGCUUCAGUUUUCGGACAAACUUCCACCACUACCCCGCAGCAAGCUCCACCGGCAUUCGGUCAGCAAAGUGGUUCUAUGUUUGGAGGCAAUAGCGCACCAGCUUUCGGGCAAAAUACGACAUCAUCAAAUCAGCGUUCUGUUUUUGGACAAGCGCCGUCUUUUGGUCCUACUUUUGGACAAUCUAGCGCGUUUGGGCAAGGGUUUGGUGGGCAGACUAGCGCUUUCGGGGCGCAACAAGCUCCACAAUUUGGGCAAACUUCCACAUCAAGUUCGGGACUCGGGUUUAGUCAGCCUGUUUUCGGACAACCAACCACCACUACGCCAACUACGAGUGUUUUGGGGAUGGCUUCAUCAAAUGCCAGUCAAAACAGAGGGUUUGGUACUGCUGAGUUUAGUUUUAAACCAAAUGAGGCGCUGUUCAAACCUAUUAUUAGCGCAAGCCCAGAACCGACUACUACAACAAUGUCCAAUUCACCUUUUGGAGGAGCGCAGUCAGCUUCGACAACAUCCUCGUCUACAAGUCUCUUUUCAAGUGCCAAACCUGGAAUUGGUGGGUUUAGUUUUUCCCAACCUGCUGUCUUACCCGCUGCCCAACAGCCUACAGCAUCUACUUCAAGCGUCGUGCCUAGUGCAAAUAGUUAUCAAUUCACAUUUUCGCAACCUGCUACUCCUAACAAGGCAACUUCAGCUGUCGCCCAGCCUACAACCCCGUCUUCGUUCAGUUUUACCACGAAAACUUUACAAACGCAGUCCAAACCGCUAUUUGGGGCUAGCAAAUUUGGGCAAACUUUUGGAAACGCGAAAGAUAUAGAGGCAGAUGGUAAGCAAAGCAGCGUGGAACCAACAACGGAGACAAACGUAUUCGCGAGACUCGGCAAAGCGCCGAAACGCAAAGAGGACGCGCCGGGUUUGAAUGUGGAAAAGGAGAUAACGGAGGAGGAGGCCGCGGGAGAGACGGAGAUGCCGCGACAGCCUCCGAAGCGGCCUUUGGUGCGGAGCCGUGGCCCUCCUCCCGGGUUAUUCGGACGGGCUCUGAGCGGACUGCGGAGAGACACGUCAGGAGCGCCCAAGCGUGAGGCGAAGGAGCAGGUUUGGAAAGUGCCCGAGGGAGAAGAGACAGAGCGGCAGAGGGCAGCGACUCCUCCGACAAUCUCAGCACCACCAGUGACCAGAGAGACUGCGGAGAAGCCAGUGGAGACAGAGCCAUCCCCCUCUUCCUCCUCUGCUCCACUCCUCUCCUCUCCAUCCUCACGUCUUGGACCUCGCAGAGAAAGCACAGACUCUCUCAGUGGCCUGUCCCCAAAUGAGUGCACUGUGCUCCACUGCAGAGAUGUCCCCCCAGACCUCAAUAGGAAAGAUGUCCUGGUAAAACACUUUGGACGCUUUGGCAAAGUUCUGCGCAUCUACUGCAGAAUACAACGGAACUCUGCCAUCGUACACUUUGACAACCAUGCCUCAGCUGCAAAUGCGAAGAAGAAAGGACAGAUUCUCCACAAACAUACACUGACUCUUCACUGGCAAAGGAAGAAACAGAGUCUUGGAGACUCAAGGCCCAGAGGACAGACUGGACAGCAGCAGCAGCAUCAGCAGGAGGAGAGGGGAGGGGAGGGAAGGAGGGAGGAGGAGCAGGGACUGAUCAAAGCCUCGUCUCCCUUGAAGAGAGCUGCCCUCAGACCCCCCCACAGCACCUCUGUGACCGUCAGCUCUCCUGUGAAGAAGCCCCCCAUGGCGCGCUCACUCCAGUUUGAAGAUAGCCAGAGAGAGACUGGUUCAGAUCCCCAGUCCUCAGAUCAGAAUGUGGACAGGGCUCCCGACCGCCCAGUGCCCUCCUCCCUGCUCCACCUGAUUGGACAGAUAGCUGAGACCACAGAAGAGAAAUACAGACUGCUGGAGCAACGCGACAAGAUACUGCGACAAGGGCGACCGAAGAGGGCAGACCUGAACCUGUCAAAGGCUUUUGCUGGGACCUGCCCUGACAUGUGCCCAGAGAAAGAGAGGUACAUGAGAGAAACCAGGAACCAGCUGAGCAUCUACGAAGUCCUCCCAAACACAGAGAUGGUGGACCACUGCACGGCCAUAAAGGAGUACAGCCGCUCGUCCGCAGACCAGGAGGAGCCUCUGCCCCAUGAGCUCCGGCCGCUCCCGGUUCUGACCUUGACCAUGGACUACAUUGUGACCCAGAUCCUGGACCAGGGUCAGGACAACUACAGGGACUGGUACGACUUUGUGUGGAACCGCACCAGAGCCAUCCGCAAGGACAUUAUUCAGCAGGACUUGCGUUGUCCUGAUACAGUUGCUCUGAUUGAGAAGUGCACUCGGUUCCACAUUCACUGCGCUCACCAGCUCUGCGAGGAACACCUCUCCUCCUUUGACCCAAAGAUCAACAAAGAAAACAUGACCAAGUGUCUCCAGAGCCUGAAGGAAAUGUACCAGGACCUAUCCAACAGAGGAGUCUACUGCCCCCGAGAGGCCGAGUUCAGGCAGUACAAGAUCCUGCUCAAUCUCAACGAGGGCGACAUCCUACGGGAGGUGCAGCAGUUUCGUGAUGAUGUCCGUAACUCUGUGGAGGUGAAGUUUGCCGUUCACGCAUUUAGUGCCGUCAACAGCAACAACUUUGUCCGGUUCUUCAAACUCGUUCAGUCCGCCUCGUACCUGUCCAGCUGCCUGCUCCACGGAUACUUCAACCAGGUGCGCUCUCUGGCUCUGAAAACGCUGAACAUAGCGCACACAGUUGGGCCGCGCUCCACCACCUUUCCUCUCGACGACAUCGUCCGAAUGUUGAUGUUUCGAGACGGAGACGAAGCUUCUGCGUUUAUUCAACAAUACGGACUCAACGUCAGCGAUGGCGUGGUGGAGCUGAGCCGGAUCAGUUUCCAGGACCCGGAGCUUCCCGUUUCGUCACGCAGGUCAGAGGUCAUCCUGUCCAAACGCAACGUUCUGAUUGGUGAAGUGGUGAAUGGGGGUCCGCUCCCAAACCCUCCUCAACACACCCCAGUCUGCAGCUUCGACGUCCAGAACAAGUACAGAGAUGUCACCGAGGCAAAGCAGUUUAAAGCCACUCCCUUCACCUCCAGACCUCCAGCUCCAGAGACAGUGCUGUCAACUGAGCGUACUGUGAGGUCCUCUGACUCCAAGGCAGUGCCAGUGCAGUCGGCCCCUCCUCUGUCUAGAGCGGAGGAGACCGGGGCUUUAGAGGCAAUGCUGUCAUUGGAGCGUACUGCGGGGUUCUCUGACUUUGAGGCAGUCCCAGUCAGGUCGGCCCCUCCUCUGUCUAGAGUGGAGGAGACCAGGGAUCUAGAGGCAAUGCUGUCAUUGGAGCGUACUGCGGCGUUCUCUGACUUCAAGGAAGUGCCAGUCAGGUCGGCCCCUCCUGUGUCUAGAGCGGAGGAGACCGGGGAGUCCACUCUGUUUGUCCCAGCACCGGAGAGGCAGUUCCAGCCGAUCUCACAGCCCUCUCCUCCUCCUCCUGCUCCGGCUCCAGUCAAAGUCCCCACUCCUCCACCUCCCAAACCCGUCUACAGCAAUGAGGAUAUCGAGGCGGAGUUGAACAACAUGGUGGAGGAGGUUGUUGAUGCUGCAGUGAAGGAGACUGCUGAAGCUGCUGUUUGCUACACCACAGCUGCACUAGAGGUGAGCUCGGAGCAGUUGGAGUCUUUGGUCGCUGAAGUGACUGAAAAUCUUCUGAAGGAGAUUUCUGUGAGUGAAAUCAAACUAGAGCAAGAUCGAAUCGCAGAAGAGAAACGUCUCAAGGAGGAGGCCAGGAGGAAGCAGGAGCACGAGGCUUUCCUGGUCGACUACAGCUUCUCUCUCUGCUCGGAGCUCAUUUAUGAAGUUCUGGACGAGACCAUUGAGAAAACCGCAGCAUCUGAAAUACAGGAGGCGUUGGAUGAAAAAGCUGCACGUGUGUCCCGCUGCACUGAGGAGGUCUGUUCUGUUUUACUGGAGGAGACUGUGGACGCAGACAUCGCUAUCUUAGUCCAACAAAUUCUGGAUGUGGAGCUGCAGCGAAUACAUAAAUACAUCAAGAGGUGGCGUGAUGUGGUGUUCCUGCGGCGUCAGUUGAAGAGGCAGAUGAGGGCGUUCCCGGCUGCUCCGUGUUUCGUUGAUCCUCGGUUCAGACUCCGAGCUCUGGCUCCCAGCGCUCCAGAUCACACCUCCAUCGAGCUGCUCUCCAAAGGUCUGGUGAACCUGGGCCACUCCGGGAACCUCACUGUGUCCUCCAACAGGUUGCUGAAAAUUAGAGACGAGGUGGUCCAUCAGAUGAGAGUCCAGUACUUCUACAAACUUCUGCUCGAUGAGGCUUUGUGGGCUCCAUUGGACCUUACCGCUUUAGUGAUGCAGCACCUCCCGAAUCCUCCUCCAAAAAUCUUCUGGAAAACUCUUCUCCUUUUACCGAGCGAACACGAGACCGGAGAGAGCGUGGCCGACAGGAUCCUCUGUGAUUGGUUAGAGGUGAAGCUGGGGGCUGGUUCAGAGGCCUGUUGUCGUGAUGGGACUCUUCACAGCCUCUGUGUCUCCAGCUCAGUUCAGGAAAAGGGACUGGACACACACACCCUGCACAUCGGAGUCAAGGUUUCCUAUGGGCCUUUGUCUGAGGACGGCCUGUGUAAGAUGGAGGAGGGCUCGGAGCUCCAGGGCACCGGGGGUCUGCUGAUGCUGCUCCCAGCCUCGGCGCUCCUCGACCCCCAUCGGAGCGACCAGGACGUGCCCCUCCUGUCCGCCCUGCUCCAGCUCAAACAGCUCCAGCAGGCCUGCACGUGGCACUGCCCUCUGCCCCUCGUGAUACUGGUGCCCGGGCAGGAAAGGGACGAAGGGCACACGGCAAGACUGGCAGAAGCUCUGAUGUUGUCAAAACUGGUGGAAGACGGACUAAUCUCAGAGUAUACAUUUUUCUUUCUACCGGAGACCACUAGUGAUCUACAAGGCACCAAAAAGCUAACAGAUUCGUUGCAGUGGCUUCUCUUGCGCGCUCCUCCUGCCUUCCCUCUCUCCUGCCAAACUUUGGUCGGACUCGUCGAAACCAGAUUGGGUCGGGAUUUCAGUUCCAGAGUCUACUCCCACAGACAGGAGCGUGCCUCUGCUGGCCUGCCCCCGCUGGGCCCCCUACCUGUGAUCACCCUGUACAACGCCGUCCUGAAGCACAUCGCUGACGCCAUCUCCUCUCCAGAGCUGUGCAGACUGUCGUGGCCGCCGGUGGAGUUUUCUGUUCCGGAGAUGAGGGAGUUUGUGCCUCAUGUCGGGUGGAACUGUUCUGAGCACCUGAAGUGGAUCAGAGAGGCCAUCUUGAGUCUGCAGCUGCCAGAGUGGGACAGUGAGUCUCCUACAGACUCUUGGUCCGAACUGUGCUCCUCCAUCUUCUUGUACGCGGCACAGAUCCCAGUGUCACCACGCUCUCAGCCUCUGCUUGUGUCCCGCCUCGAAAACCUGCUGGAACGAGUCCGAUCCAGGGUCCAGACCAGAGACCGGACCAGAGACCAGACCAGAAGGACCCCCGGAGCCAAGGUCCCAUGGAGCUUGUGGGCCCACACAGAGGAGGAGGUCUGCCCAGACGCCGAGUUUGUUCCUUGGGAUGAUGUUCUGGUAAUCUGCAUCGACCACAAACUCAAAGACUGGACACUGCCCGGACCCCCAGUCUGCGAAGACGCUAUGACAGAAGAUGGAGAGAUCCUAGUGUAUUUCCCCUCUGAAGCUCUGAGCUCCUUUACGCCUCCAGACGAAUGGACUGAGGCUAUGAAAGAAACGCACAGAGAAAAACAUCAACAACAAGAACGGGCAAAUGAAGCUGUCAGGGUCCCUCUCCCUUCUCUGUCCCUGCAGAAGAGACUGUUUUUCAGCCUGAAGGAUCCAGAGCAGCCCCCUGAGUCCAGCCUGGACUUCAGCUACACUCCCACACCAGAGGAGGCGCUAGCACACAGAGUCCUGCAGCAGCUUGAGGAGGAGAAGCAGGAGAGUAAGAGGAUGAUGGAGCAGUUCCAGCGCUGGUCUGAAGGUGGUGCUCGGGAGCCGCUGUGCACGCCUCUGUUUAUGCCCUCCUCCACUCUGCUGACCCUGCCCACACUAGUGCCGCCCCCUACAGGCAGGACCAGAGAAGCGACUUCUAUUGCUCAGGUUUUCGAGACGGAAGCUGGGUCAGAUUUGCCUAAAACUCCUCGUCCGUCUCUGUCCUGGAGAAUGGAGGAACUGGAGCGUCAGAUUUUAGCGAGUCAAGAGGAGGAGCUAGCAACAAAACUGCACCUGAGUGAACUGCUAAACAUCGUACAAGACUGACUUUAAAUAAUGUCUGUUUCUCAAGGACAGAAACAUCUUAUAUUUUUAUUACUUCACUGGCUUAUUUUAAAACUGUUUUUCAUAAAACGGUGAAUCCUGUUUAAUGCCUUUUUAUCAAUUAACUGUAUUUGAAGUGUGAAUAAAUGUUAAUGUUUAGUUUUGUAAAGGGACAAAAGUGGAAUAAAAGUGAUAUUUUUCAUGUAA